AUGAAGUCCCGAGAUGGGCUUGCCCUUGCGCUGUUGGCUCUUCUAAGCAAUGAUACAACGCUGACACUUGCUCAAUACGUGACUACUGUCACCGUAUCCAUCAAUACCGAUCCUUUCUGUACAGGCAUUGGAGCGUUUGGUGGUAGUGCCGCUGGGGCCGGCAACACUUCUGGCUCUGGAGCAGGUGGUUCUGGAUUCGGAUCGGGAUCUGGGGCCUCAAUUGGGUCUGGCAACGGUACUGGCUCUGCUACCAACAGCGGUGCCCCAAUCAUGCCUAGCAACAACACUACUGGACAUAAUACUACUGGACAUUUUGAUGCUCUUGGUUACUACCCUGCUCCAGCAGACGGAGAUCUCUUGGGUGGAGAUGAAUGCAAUUGUGGCUCAUCUGCACCCAACGGCUCACCAUCUUCUGUUCCCCCAUCUAAAAACAAGAGAGAGGUCACCAGCGGCGACUGCAUCCCUUGUGCGGGCAAUAGUAGCGAAUGUUGCGGCGCCCCUGGCGGUUACGCACUCGUCUACCACGUUACGCCGAAUGUCGCUAGCUUGUCAGCAGUCCCCUACAGUACGAUUGAAUCGGCUAGCUCCACCAUCGGAACUUCAUCCACCUCUUACUCACCCAUCUCUUCUGCCUCAGUCGUCGCGGACUCAUCCACCGGCUCGGAUGAAUCGGUCGUCAUUGGCUCCACCACCUCCUCCGCUGCGGUCGAGUCAACUUCCACAUAUGUCUACAGCACCACUGACAGCUCUUAUUUCUCGAAUUAUACCUUUUCCAACACCGCCAUAACCGCGGCUACUAUCACACCUGGCUCUGCGACGGCCAAUAUUACUAACACCGCAACAGCAGCGAACGGAGGUAACAGCGGUGUUAACGCAACAGCAACCAACGGCGGUAAUAGUAGUACUGUCGCAACAACCAUCGGCGGCAACAGUGGUGCCACCGAAACGACAGCCCAUGGGGGCAACACAAGUGGCAUGGAUCCAUCAGUCUACGGGGUUGAUGGCGGGGCCACCGCAACAGCCAACGGUGGUGCCACUGCAACCGUAGGAUCCAGCACUGCCGAGCAAACUCUUGAGUCUGCGACUCCAUCAUGUGUUAGCUCGGCCAACUAUGUCGGUAACAACACCAAAUACAGUGAUUAUUUCGGAUACACGUACGACAUUAGGUGCAACUUGGACCUACAAUCCUCGCCUGCCGACUCCGACGCACACGCCGAGAGCUUCGAGGAUUGCCUCGAAUAUUGCUCCCUACUAACGGACUGUGUUGCUGUCACCUACCAAGAUCCGCCCUCCAUCCCAAGUAAUUCCAGCAAUUGCUAUCCAAAAUGGAGCUUUGGCGGUUACGCGGCAUCUACCGUUGACGGAUUGUACAGCGGUGUCAACGUCAACGGUCCUUCCCCUGGCACUCUCGAGGAUCAGAAUCUCUGCACGACAAACAACACCCAAGGCGUGUCUUACGACAAUCAAGCAUACUACGACGAUUACGGCAACGCUUGGACCAUCGGUUGCGACAACACGCUCGCCAUUCCCGGCAGUGCGGCUCUCUCCAGCACAGUUACCGACACCCUGGCGAGUUGCGUCGAUUAUUGCGGCGUAUACGACUCGUGUGAAAUGGUGAAUUGGACGGGGCCGCAUAUCAACGGCACGGCAAAUGACCCCAAUUGCUUUCCUGCGUCCUCGAAUGGAACGGCUGGUGCUGCCGAUUCCGCGCCAGGGUCGGGGUACGCUGUUUCGAGCCCUUCUUAG